AUGACAAACGAAGAAAACGAUUUUGGAAACCAAGCAGGCGCGCUUUUGGGACUUUUGCGUGACGCGCUCGCGGGUAAUCGGCAACGAAUCAAGUUAUCUGCUUUCAAUAUUUCUGAUCCGGAAUUGUGGUUCGUGCAAGCGGAGGAAGAAUUUCUCGCGGGAAAUAUUACCUCGGAACGUGAAAAAUAUAUGUACGUGACAAAGGUGCUUGAUUCGCGAGUGUCAAAUGAAGUGCGUGAUAUAUUGUUCAAUGUGCCACAAGAGAAACCAUACACAAAAUUAAAGGAGGAAAUAAUAAAAAGAUUGUGUUCUUCUCAAGAGGAAAAAACUCGUAUGUUGCUAGAAUCUCAAGAUAUUGGAGAUAGGAAGCCUUCUCAAUUUCUCCGUCAUCUCCGAGGACUCGCAGGAUCAACAGUCACUGAUGCGAUGUUGAAAACGUUAUGGUCCGGACGACUUCCUGUCGCUAUGCAGCCGAUACUCGCCGUACAAAAGGAUGCAAGUUUAGACAAACUGGCUGAGAUGGCAGACCACAUUCAUGAUCUCACAAGGUCAAAGCCAAUGGUUGCAGAAACGUCCAGGAUCACAGAAGAUCUGGUGCAACAAUUUACCCGAGUCCUAACUUCUUUAGAAGAUAAGGUAACAAAGUUGCAACUCGAAGUGUCGGAAAUCCGCGGUAAUAAUGGACCUCACAGGUCUCGCGAAAGAUCGAAAUCUCGCGCGCGCUCUCGAUCUCGCGGUAAUUAUGCAGCCGAAGGCGUCUGCUGGUACCACGCGCGUCAUGGACCGAACGCUACGAAGUGUACGACGCCGUGUUCGUACAAAGCGGGAAACGCGAAGGCCAGUGCUUAA